GUGAGCCUUUCAUGUGAAAAUUGUUUAAUUUUCUAAUUCUUUUGGAAAGAUUAUUCAUUCAUUCAUUUCGAGACAGGGUCUCUCGACGUAAUCUUACUUGUCCCGGAACUCACUGUGUAGCCAGGCUGACCUUGAACUCACAGAAAUCCUCUUGUUUCUGCCUCUACCACGCCCGGCUUUGAAAAGAUCUGAAAGCACAUUACAUCCACAAUCGCCUGUUUGUUUUGCUUGCACAAUCUCAGUUCUUUCCUGUCUUUUCUCUAUGAGGCGCUAACUGCACCAUUUGGCUUCAAGGAUUUUGAAAUAUUUUAUCCCUGUAUGUCAAAACUCAGAACUUAGAAGUAUUAUGAGACACUGCCAUUACUAAUUUGUGUGUGUGUGCGCGCGCGCAUCUGUACGCACGCACUCACCCUGUGGGGUUCAGAGGAAGUCAGUUCUCUAUUUCCACCAUCCGGGUUCCAGGGAUUGAACUCAGAUCCAAUUAGGCUUGGCAGCAAGCACCUUUGCUGGCUUUACCAGCUCCUUUACUGGCAAUCUCUCAACGGUCCUACUCAAAUAUUUUAAAUUGAUCUAUACUUUUUACUUUCUGUGGUUGUUUUUUGGAGAUCAAUAUCUUUGAACUUUUAAGGCUUUUCUUUAUUAAUUAUAAAUUGAGAAAUAAUAUGUAAAAAGGGUUCCAAAUACGAUGUGGUAAUAAUUUGAUAAUUUGGUAAUCGUAUUCAGAUAUAUUAGGGUUUUUUUUUUUUUCGGUUUAGUUUGGUUGGUUCAGUUUUUUGAGACAGGGUUUCUCUAUGUAGCCUUGACUGUCCUGGACUCACUUUGUAGACCAGGAUGGCCUUGAACUCAGAGCAAUCCACCUGCCUCUGCCUCCCUGAGUACUGGGAUUAAAGGUGUGUGCAAUGACCAGCUAUAUUAGGGUUUUUUUAUAAUAUCAUAUUUCUGUCUGAUCUUUUCACACAAAUAAGUUUUCUUCUUAUGUUAUUUUAUAUUUUAUGGCUACCCCUCUAGUCGGCAAAGUUAGAGAGUUUAUACUUAAGCAUUGGAGAUAGCUAAGGACCACUGUCCAGCAGCCAUCACCAAAAAGUGCAGGUUCUCAAAUACAGUUUCUAGAGACAUGAACUAAGUAUGGGCGAUCAUCUCUGAGUAUCUCUUCUAUGUUCGGAUGUGCUUCUAAAUGUAGGACCAGUAGUUCUCAGUUAUUAAAGUUAUCCAGGAGGUGAGUUUAUAGUAUUCUUCAGGUUACUAAUUUUCUUUUACUAAGUCUUUCUCAAUGCCAAAAGUCCUUUUGCAAUACAAUACAUCUAUAUAUUUGUAUAGCACUAUCUCAGUUCCAAUUAAUGCAAGUUGGGAUCUUUUCACUGACUCUAAAGGUGUUAAUACAUCGUCACGACCAACCGCUACAAAAGAAUCUGAUAACUAGCGUCUCACUUUUGGUUUCUGUUUUACCGUGAAAUUUUGCUUUUUCAGUAUUUAAAUUCCAACUUGUUACAGUAGUCCUUCCCUUUAAGAAAUUUCAAGAAAUCUAUUGAAAUUUUUGUCUUAUUGAGAAAAAUGGGACAACUAUUUUCAAUAAUUCAAGGAAGUGGAUUUGUGGGGAAUAAAAUGCUCACUGAAUUGUCCACUACUGUUGAGUCUGUUUCCAUCGUCAUUUGGAACAGUAGGUGGAGCUAUUUCUGGUACAUGACCCAAAAAUCCUCUCCCAGAGUUCACGGCUGUGUAGGAAUUGGUUCGGCCUCUGAGCGCCGCUGUUCACCAACCGGGGAGCAAAAGACAGGGAAGCCCUGCUCGCUCUGCGUGCGCCUAAAGCACAGGGCAGAGAGAUUGAGACAAAACACCUCUCCCAGGAAACUGGCCUGGGGGAGGGGGGCAGCCCCACCUCCUAACCGUCGGGCUCCGAGGACUGAAAAGCGGAUUCUGGUUUAAGUGGUCAAAGGCAGAACUGGAAAUAAUGCUCAAGUGACAAAGAUCUCCGUGCUCCGGGACUGCAAAGGGCUGGUCUUCCUGGGAGUCUUCCUCGGGAUGCUGCGGAAGGCCGGAUCCACCCAGAUCCGCUAUUCAGUUCCCGAGGAGCUGGACAAAGGCUUCUUCGUGGGCAGCAUCUCCAAGGACCUGGGGCUGGAGCCCUGCGAGCUGGCGGGGCCCGGGGUCCGCAUCGUCUCCAGAGGUGGGGCUCAACUCUUCGCUCUGAACUCUCGAAGCGGCAGCCUGGUCACCGCGGGCAGGAUCGACCGGGAGGAGCUGUACGCGGGGUCCACCGAGUGUCAAUUAAACCUAGAGGUUCUGGUGGAAGACAAGGGGAAGAUAUACGGGGUAGAAGUCGAGGUGCGAGACAUUAACGACCACGCUCCCUCCUUCCGCGAAAGCGAAUUGGAAAUCAAAACGAGCGAAAGCGCCGCCACCGGGAUGCGGUUCCCUCUUCCCCACGCUUGGGACCCGGACGUCGGGAAGGACGCCCUUCAGAGCUACCGGCUGAGCCCGAACGUGCACUUCUCGCUGGAGGCGCGGAACGGGGCUGAGGGCAGCAGGUACCCGGAACUGGUGCUGGAGCGCGCGCUGGACCGCGAGGAGGCGGCGGCGCACCCCCUGGUCCUCACCGCCUUCGACGCAGGGGCGCCAGCCCGCAGCGGGACGACGCGCGUGCGCGUGACGUUGGUGGACGCCAACGACAGCGCGCCCGAGUUCGCCCGGUCCGAGUACCGUGCGAGCGUGCUGGAGAACGUGGCGGCGGGCGCUCGGCUGCUGCGCAUCCACGCCGCCGACCCCGACCAGGGAGCCAACGCCCCCGACGUGGCCAUCACAUUCCUCUUCAGCUCCGUUCUGGAAAACGCUCCCCGAGGGACUCUGAUCGCCCUUCUAGACGUCAAGGACCGAGACUCGGGGGGUGGGAACGGACGGGUCGUCUGCUCCUUCCGGGAGGGUCUGCCCUUUAGACUGGAGAGAUCUUACGGGAGCUACUACAGCCUAGUCACGGACGCGGUCCUAGACCGAGAACGGGUUCCGAGCUACAACAUCACGAUGACCGCAGCCGACGGGGGCAGUCCGCCGCUGGCCACCCACACCCACCUGUCGCUGACCGUAGCCGACGCGAACGACAACCCGCCCGUUUUCCCCCAGGCCUCCUACUGGGCCUCCAUCCCGGAGAACAACCCCAGAGGGGCCUCCAUCGCGUCCGUCGCCGCCCACGACUCCGACCGCGACGAGAACGCCCAGGUCACCUACUCCCUGGCGGGGGACACCCGCCAGGGCGUCCCCCUGUCCUCCUACGUCUCCAUCAACGCGGACACCGGCGUCCUGUUCGCACUGCGCUCCUUUGACUACGAGCUGUUCCGAGACCUUCAGCUGCGAGUGUCGGCGCGGGACAGAGGGGACCCGUCGCUCAGCAGCAACGCGUCCCUCAGCCUGUUCGUGCUGGAUCGGAACGACAACGCUCCCGAAAUCCUUUACCCUGCUCUCCCUACCUACGGCUCUACCGGGGUGGACCUGAAGCCCCGCUCAGCGGAGCCUGGCUAUCUGGUGACCAAGGUGGUGGCGGUGGACAGGGACUCCGGGCAGAACGCCUGGCUGUCCUACCGCCUGCUCAGGGCCAGCGAGCCAGGGCUCUUCUCGGUGGGGCUGCACACGGGCGAGGUGCGCACGGCUCGGGCCCUGACGGACAGGGAUGCGCUCAGGCAGAGCCUCGUCGUGGCCGUGCAGGACCACGUCCAGCCCCCCCUCUCUGCCACUGUCACGCUCACUGUGGCGAUCGCCGACAGCAUCCCCAACGUCCUGGCGGACCUGGACAACCUAGAGUCCCCUUCCGUCUCCGAAACCUCAGGGCUCUUGCUCUGUCUGGUGGUGGCCGUAGCGGCGGUCUCCGGCGUCUUCCUGGUCUUUGUUCUGGCGCUGCUGGCGCUCAGGCUGCGGCGCUGGCACUCACUGCGCCUGCUCCGGGCUGCGGGCCCGGGAUUGGCUGACGCGCCAGCCUCCCACUUUGUGGGCGUGGACGUGCAAGCUUUCUUACAGAUCUAGUCGCCCGAGGUCUCGCUCACCGCGGGUUCCCGAAAGAGUCCCUUGAUCUUCCCGCAGCCCAACUGUGCAGACACGCUCAUCAGCCGGGAGAGCUGCGAGAAGAGCGAGCCUCUCUCGUUACCGGGCGAUUCGGUAUUUUCUAAAGAUAACCAUGCAUUAAUUCAGGUGAGUCCGUUCUGAGAAUGGGGCAAACUAUCAUAGAUGAUAUAGAUGAUUCAUGGGUGUUUGAAAUUGAUAAAGCAAUUGUCAACAAAUUGGUAUGUACCUGACAGCCAACAACAACAACCUAGUCGCCUUGUUUGGCUUAAAAGAUACAUUAACACAGUAUUGUCACACGAUAUUUAAACAAUUUCUACUUUAUAUUGCCCUAUAAUUUGGUAGCUUAGUUCAUCAACGACACGUUUAAUUAUCUUACUUUUCGGUCAUGAAGCAGCUUUGUGUCUGUUUAUCUGGUAAGAAUGCAGGCGUUGUGAGCGUAACUUAGAACUCAGUGGUAGCACGCUUGGCUAGCAUGUACAGAGAAGAGACCCUGGGUGCGAUCCCCAGUGAAGGCUGAGGGAACACAAAUUCCGCUAGAGUGAAGAAACGGAAUUCAAUGGAAAGUACGGUUGCUUUAAAAAAAAAAUUUUUUUUUUUUAAAGAGAAAAAACCUUGUCUGGGGAUUGAACCGAGCUAAACACUUCGUCCCUAGGCUACAUCCUUAGCCUCAAUAGAGUGACCUUUCAUUACAUUUUAAUCUGCUUGUUAAGUCAUAUGAUGCUUUUAAUGCCUUUUAAAUAGUACUAUUUCUGGUCAUUAGGGAUAAAUGCAUAUAUUAAAAAGUUAUAUACGUAUAUUUUAAAAGUUAUUUGUAGCGCCAGGCAUGGUGGCACAUGCCUUUAAUCGCAGCACUCUGGGAGGUAGGGGCAGGCAGAUCGCUGUGAGUUCCAGGCUAGCCUGGUCUACAAAGCUAGUCCAGGAUAGCCAAAGCUACACAGAGAAACUCUGUUUCCAAAAAACAAAACAAAACAAAAGUUAUUUGUACGUGUGUGUUUGUGUUUGUAUGAGUAUAUAUACACAUACAGAUGCUGGGUGAGGGAGCUCGGCGUUCUCUAUCAUUUUCCUAUUCUUUUGAGGCAAGGUCUUUCCCUGAACCCAGGGCUGGAAGCCCCAUAGUCCUGCCUCUAACCUCUGUAGGGAGCAGUCCUUUCCCGGUUCACAGCACCUGAAAUCCAAACUCCCAGUGCUCGUGACUCACAGCAGAUACUGUAAACUCCUGUGCAUCUCUUUGCCUCUGUACUUAGACUUCCUUGGUGUGAGUAAUUUCAUGUUUUUGUCUUCCAAGUACGGUGAAUACACACUUGAAAUUUUUCUCAAUUAUACGAGUUAUGUGUUGUAAUUAUGAAGGACUGUAAUGGUAUUUUGUCUGUUACACACACCUAGGUAGUACAGUAUGUAUAAGAAGAAGUUAAACAUUCCUUCUACCCACUUAACCUGCACGAAUGAUACACAAAAUACCCAGAAUUUGCCAAUGUAGCACAAGCAUGAGUUACAUUUGCCAUUUACACAGUGAAGGAUUUUUUUUUUGUAGAAAUAUCUUUAAAUUUUAAAUGUUUUGAACGUAUUUUUUGUUCUGAAGAAACUUUCCCAGUAGUAUAUUCUUCCUUCACUAAACUUCCCCUUUUACACACAGAAAUUUUUCUAGAAAGGGUAGGUCCUAAGUGUUUCCUUAGAACUAGUUUUUUCUAUUUAUAUGCUGCCUAUCUAUUAAAAACAUAAUAACUGGAAUCCAAAUUUAUAAAAGAGACUACUGAAAUUUAGAGAAAGAUAGGUAAUCAAAAAGGUAAACAAAACUGCCUCCGAAAUAAAGCGAGAUUCAAACGUCAUCUUAUGUGUCUUGACAAGCAAGACCAAAAAAAGUUUUUAAAAAUAAAAAGUAUAGAUUGUGUUGUUCUGCUCAUGUGAUUCUUUUUAAGGAAGUAUUUAAGCCUGUAUAAAAAGAUAAAUUUUAUCCAGGGCUGGUACUAGAGGCCUACAAUACUAACCCCAGGUACCCAUGAGGCUCAGGUAGGAUGACAGCAGGUUUAAAGUCAUCUCAAAAUAAAAGGUCAACAGAGGGCUGAGGUUGUAGCUUAGUGGAAAAGCUAUUGUGUUACAUGCACAGGGCCCUAGUUGGUUAGCUUCAGUCCCUAGAACUGCAAAAACAAACAAACAAACAAACAAAUAGCAAGUAAUUCGAAUUUACAUUAAGUUAUAAAUAAAAUGAACUAAGUACAGUGUUCUGUAAUUAACACCGAAGAAAAGAGGGCAGUGUGUCCCCUCUUGUGGAAAUUCAGAAAGUGUCCACAAUGUAGUUCACAUGUGGUGGGCAACACUAAAUGAAAAGUGUUAUUAACAAACAAUUAUUUUAAAACUUAAGCUAAUGGUGUUGAUCUCUGCCUAUUAACUCAGUUUUAGGGACAAAUUCUGGGUGUUGUGUCAUAAGUAGCAAUGAGUCUUAGACAGUAUCUCAAAAUCGGCAAUAAUUGUGUUCCCAGUUUGAGCUGGUUCGUUAAAUAGUUCCAAGGUUGGAGGCUGGAGAGAUGAUGACCUUUACAGAAGACUCAGGUUUUGCUCUGAGCGCCUACAUAGUGGGUCACAACCAUUUGUAACCCAAGUUCCAGAGAAUCAGAUGCCCUCUUCUGACCUCCGUGGGCACCGGGCACUCACAUAGCACGCAGACAUAAUCCGCAGGCAAAAUGCUCAUAUACAUAACACAAAUCUUUACACUGUGCUCUAAGAUUCCAUGAUACCAAGUACCCUCAGAUGCAUCACAGCACACAGUAGGGGUUGUGGUGGUGGUGGUAGUGGCGGGAAUUGAACUAGGCACAUUGCACAUGCUAGGAAAUGCUCUUAUAUAUUUUCUAUAUGUUUUUACUUUUUACUUUGAGACCUGGUAUUGCUAAGUUGCCCAGACUGGCCUUGAAAUUGUCAUCUUCCUGCCUCUGCCUCUUGAAUAACUGAGAUUACAAUGAUACCAAGGCCACCAACAGUAGUUUUUAACUAGAUAACUUCCUAACUGGGUUGGCUUUGGCAUGUUAUUCAAUUUGGGGGAUUUCAGCAAAAACAGGGAUAAUAAGAUCAUAUUUGAAAUAUUGUGAUAAGGAUGUGGAAGACUAUAUAAAUAGUUUGGCUCAUAACCUCUCAUUAAUUAGUAAUAGCUGUUUAUUUUGUGAUUGACUGAAAAAAGAAAAGACAUGUUUUCAAUGGCAGCAUACCUAGAAUUCUUUGGGGGAGAGUAAUAAUGCUGUAACCUUCUCCAGAUGACAUAGUUAAUACAAAGCAAUACCCGUGUUUGGAAACAAAACUUCUUUUGAAAUUUUUGUGCAGUUAAUUUAAAAGUUUAGUUGGUGCGAUGACAAUGCCAGUAGUCCCACCAAUCGGAAGAUGGAAGCAAGAUCAAGGUCAUCCUCUGCUACACAGUGAGUUCAAGGCCAACUCGGGCUGUGUGAGAAAAAUCAAGGCACACUCUUGAUUGAGAAGCUACGUCUUAGGCCAAAAGAUGGGGGGAGAGUUUUGUAUGAGACAAGUCUGUGAAUUCUAGCUUUUUGUGGUCUGAAUAGUAUAGUCUAAACAAGGAGCCCGUGGAAUGGUGUGUAUGCGUGUGUGUGUGUGUGUGUGUGUGUGUGUGUGUGUGUGUGUGUGUUUGAGAUAGUCUCACUAUCUAAGCCUGGCUGACCUGGAAUUAGAUAUGUAAGUCAGACUGACUUCAAACUUACUAUGUAGCCAAGGACGAUCUUGACCUUGUGUGAUCCCCCAGCCUCUGCUUUCCAGUGGUGCAAUUAAAGGGACAUGCUGUGCUUUAAAAGAGUUCACUUUGAUGAAAUAUUGGGUGGUGCAGCUGGAAAAUGAUGACUGAAAACUGAAGGUUGGAGUUUUUCAUCUUGGCUAUAUGAAAAUGGAAGCUAAUGGAGCACAGAAUACCAACUGUAGCGCUGGAUUAUCAUGGAUGGUUGUUGAUAAUUAGGAUACAUGUUGGGUUGUUUUCUGAGCGUAACUGGCAAUGGGUUUACAUAUUGACAUUUCUUCUAGUUCUGGCAAUGAAAGUGUGUCCGGACCUUGUCUUCCUAUGUAAAAGUGAAUAUACAUUCAUUCCACUGCUAAAUCAGAGGGUUCAGCUUUAAUUUAAAAUUUGUCAUCCUGGGCCAGGUGGUGGCAAGACACACCUUUAAUCCCAGCAGAAGCAGGUAGAUCUCUGAGUUGGAAGCCAGCCUGGUCUACAGGGCAAGUUUCAGGACAGCCAGGGCUACACAGAGAAACCCUGUCUCAGGAAGAAAAAAAAAAGUUGUCAUUCUAUUGAAAAUUAUAGUGUAAUCUGGCAGCAGAAAUUCUUUCAUCACUUUGCUUUGGGGGACGCAUUAAAGCUACCACAGCCUACACAUCUUGCUAGAACUAUACAAUUUAAAGAUAAGUUUUCCAUGAAUUGGAAGGCUAAUGAGUAAAUAUCACCACUUUCUCAAUAACAUGCAAUUGGAUAUAGCUCCAGUGAUAAACUGAAUGAUUUUGGUGAGGUGAAAGAUCUACUUUUACUGCAUACAAGAUAACAGGUUCAACAAAAACAAAUAUAUAGUUGUGAAAAGACAUUGAUCAAACGAAUGAUUCCAUAUUUUAGGAAAGAGACAGAUUUACUCUUUAGUGGUACACUGUAAAUUCACUCUAGGGAAACCAUACUCAUUGGAAAAAUACCAAUAGCUGGGUCUUGGGACAUUCUUAAUAUACUGAUUGUAAAUGAUGGCCUAUGACAAAGGUAACUGGAAGCAUAUAAAAGCUAUUUCUGGAUACCAACUGGGAAGGGAUGUGGAUCACGAAAAGGUGAAGAAAUUGUCACUGGACAAAUUAUUGAAUCAGAAAAAAGUAUAAAAGGGAGCUGGUGCCACCAUUAUUUUUCUCAGAGAAGUCAUACAAAACUCCGCUCGUGCUUAACAGCAGUGAGGGCAAGUACAAUGUCGUAGUUAUCAAAGUCUCUGAAGCAUCCUGCAGUACUUUCCACAGCUAACCAUUCAAUGAAAUGAGUUGAGAGUAAAAGGGUGGUAUCUUGGGAAAGAAUCAUAGUGCAAAAUCCAUAAUAAAGACAACUUUCCGGCCUACCUUACAAAGCUAAUGGCUAAGAGAGUUGUCAGAUUUCCAUAAAAUUUCCAUAUAGUGAAUCCCCUAGGACCAUCUUUCUUAUUUUCAGCUGAAACCAUGCUAGAUUUAAAAAGAAAACGUCAAAAUAGGAAAAAAUAAACAAGAAUGUCGCCUAGUUCCCAGGUUGAGGAUACAGUUUAGCGCUAGAGACCUUGUUUAGUGUGUGUGAGGCUCCAAGUUUACUCCCUAUUGCAGGGAGGGAGGAACCACCCCAUGUCAAGAAGAUAUAAAGGAGGCCAUCGCUUGUCUUCAUGUGCUUAAGUCUGUUACAUGUGACCAGAGAUAUUUAAACACACUAGGAAGACUGUCCGACUACCUUUAAGCUGGGAAAGUCAGCAAAAAUCAAAUCAAAACAAACAAAAAGAACCUCAUCUUUUACUUUGUCCUCAACACUCAAGACUCUUGCAGUUCUGUUUCUUCUGGCUGCAGUUCUAGAGAGCAGAGUCUCACUACUGACCAACAUGGAAAUCGGAAAGUGAGCAGAUCUCUUGGCAUUCCUGCCUGAUGGCUCUCUAAUCAGACUGACAAAGAACAUCCGGAAGCAGGUCUAAAAACUGACCACGAACUUCCCUCUCUCUGCAAACCUCUUGGAUCUUGAAGGAGCACAUGGAUACACAGGCAGAGAGCUCUGUCUCUUUUUGGCUAGAGAUCGUAACUCAGAGAGUCUGAAAAGGGUCUUGUCUCUGCUGAGUCAGCGGUGAGGCUAACUGUGGAAGCGAUGGUCACAGCAUCUGCUGGGCUAGAGGGCACAAGGCAAGCGCUGUGUCCCUCUCAGAGCUUUUUGUCACCAGUUGUUCUCUCAGAACAUCUGGCUUCAGUGGUGGCGCAUUGUCAAGGUUUGCGGUCUCAGUGUCUGAAGCAUAUACACUUGGAAAUUUUGGAUCAUUACAAAAAAAAAAGAAAAAAGAAAAAGAAUACUUCACUCCAUGAAGAAAGUUGAGACUUACUGUGAAUAUAAGGUGGCUUAGGAGAAGAUACGUGCCCAAGAUAUAGGUGCUUAGAAAGUGAAGGGUGUUUUUUAAUCUAUUAAGUGGCCAGGCAUGGUGUACAUACAUGCCUUUAAUACCAUUACUUAGAAAUCAGCAGCAGGCAGCUAUCGGUGAGUUUAAGGCCAGCCUGGUCUGCACAGUGAGUUCCAGGCCAGCCAGGGCAACAUGAGACACUGUAUCUUAGUUGGUGUUCUGUUGCUGUGAAGAGCCAUCAUGAUCACAGCAACUCUUACAAAGGAGAGCAUUAAAUUGGAGCUGGCUUACACUUUCAGAGAUUUAGUCCAUUGUCGUCAUGGCAGGGAGCAUAGUGGCAUGAAGGCAGACAUGGUGCUGGAGCAAUAGCUGAGAGUUCUAGGUCUGGAUCAGCAGGCAACAGGAAGAAAGGGAAACUGGGACUGGCUUGGACUUUUGAAACCCCAAAGCCCACCCCCAGUGACACACUUCCUCCAAUAAGGCCACAGUCUUUUCCAGCAAUAACACACCUCUUAAUCCCUCUCAAGUAGUGCCACUCCAUAAUGACCAAGCAUUCAAAUAUAUGAGCCCAUGGGGGACAUUCUUAUUUAAACCACCUCACCCUGUUCCAGACACCAAAUACUUUUUUUUUGCAUUAGUACAAAUAUCUGGGAUGUGAAUGAUAGUUCCUGUACCAUUCAGCCCUAGAUUUACCAGCCAGUGGUGAGAUGUGCAAGAAAACCUGCUGAAGAUGCUAAUACUGAGCGAUUUCUUAGAAAAGCAUCACCUUGGGCACUACUCUGUUGUCACCUUUGUAGUAGGAAAGGCAAGUAAUGGAAAGAAGUAUGUUAGAGGCACCAGGCCAGCACAAGCUAGCUCUUAUCAUCCUUUAUGGUUAACUGUCUUUAAUUGUGGAGACCCACAGCAAAGUGACACCACUCAGAUCCUGGUGGGAGUCAGAGCACAAGAAGAGGUACCACAGGCACCUGUGUACUGAGGCUGAGGGCCAGGGAGAAUGUGGGUGCCAGUGCAGGGGCCAGGUAUGUCUUUGCAGUCCAAAGUCCUCAUAUCCAGUUCGACCUUGAUGACAACAGUGGACAGAGUAAAAACUGAACACACACACGCUGACCUUCAGCGUGCCUUAGAGAUAGAUAAUUCAAGGUUUUGGAAGCCACAGAUAGAGAAGAACUGAUGGACCAGUGAACCACUGAGAAAGAAAUUAUAGAUGAUACGCCAGGUGACAGUGGACUUUAAUCCAAGCACUCAGGAGAUAGGAGCAGGCAGAUCUCUGAGCUGAAGGCCAACCUGGUCUACAGAGCAAGUUCCAGGAGUGCUAGUGCUACACAAAGAAACCGUGUCUUGAAAAACAAAGCAAAGGAGAGAAAGAGAGAGAGGGAGAAAUUAUACAUGAUAAAGACAAUGUCCCAGAAGGAAUUUAAAUCUGUUUACACAGUAAUUUCCAAAGAUCCUGAACCCGAAACAGAAACCAUUCUUUUUAAAAUGCAAGAUUCUAAUUUUGGAGAUAUGGGGAGAGAAGGGUCAAGAAAAUAUGCCUCACCACAUCUUCCUCCAGUAAUCACUACAAAGUUUUAUGACAAAAGAGACCUUGGACAGGAGGCAGAUCCCAGAGUACAAUAUCACUGUUACAGCCAUCCAUGGACAAGGCAAGCUGCUGUCUAGCACAAUGUCACCCUAUACAUUGGGGUCAGAGAUAACAGAGACAGCCUGCUUCCUAUCGAGCCUGCCUGGCUGAGGUUAGCCCUUUGGAGCCUCCAUUGCUCAGGUCAGAGCCUCUUAUCCCAGUCUGAGUCCCAACUGCGAUGUCUCCUACUCACCACCAACCAGGAGACCCUAGUGCCAUGGUCGUACGUGUUGGUGAGAGCACAGAGUUUGGGUUCCUGAGCCUAGCCUCCCGGUCUCCAAGGCUGACUGCAGGCCUGGCUGACCUUCUGUUGGCCAGCUGGGGUUCAGUCUGCAGCCGCCAACAAGGGCAAGACAAUCAGAGUAUGUACCUUCCUCACAAGGAGUUGCCAGCCAGCCCCUGUGAGUGACUCUGCUGUGGGGGAGAGCUGCUGCCCUUAACCACCUCUGUGACAUAACCUGUCUUGGCUAACAUCCUCGGUGAGCACUGCCACACCUCAGCAACCCCUUGGCAAAAUUGAAACCCAAUUCCAUCUUAAUUCUAAUCUGAUGAUUGCCUCGGUUCGCAUUUCUGUGUUGCUGUUCCUGGCUGCACUAGAUCCCAGGUUUUACUCCAGGGUGACUAUUGGUCUAAACUGCCUCUGUGAACUCAGGGACAAGUGAAAAUUCUUGGAAGCUCUACUCCUCCAGACUCAAUCGAAAUCUCACUGAAGGACCCUGGGUGAGGAUAAGGUGUGACUGAUCAUUCUGACCAGUGGGAGCCAGAAUUCAUCCUUCUGGGCAAGAGCUUCUUGAUAAAGUUUAAGUUCGGUCACACGCAUAUUUUUCUCGACAUGGCCUCUUUCUAGUGAUUUCAAUGAGAAACAAUUCUGGGAAAAUGACUAAAGGCUUGUGGUGAAAAAUGCUUGACAUGGUGAGCACCGGAAGUCAGGCAUGAUAGGAACGGUCCAUAGUAUUUUGGUUACAUAUUUUUACACAGCAUAUUUAGUAAUUUUACAUUGAUAGUCUGAUUGUAUUGAAAUAUAGAUAGGGGCUAAUCUUGAUCUGUGCAAGAUGAAAAAUACAAUACCUCAAAACUUGUUCAUCACAAUACAUGACCUUUUCUAUCUGAGGAAAGUCUCAGUGCACAAGGAGAGCCUGGGGCUGGAAAAACAUUAUCUCAGUGCUGAAGAGCAGAUCUUGCUCUUGCAGAGGAUGGGAGUUCAUUUCCCUGCCCUCACAUCUGACUACUCAUAACUCCAGCCCGAGGAGAUCCUACACCUCCAACGCCCUCAACUCACACAAACAAAUUCACAUAAUUAAAAAGAAAAUAAAUCUUAAAAAUUAUCACAUAACUUUUUAAGUGAUAAUCUGGCUGAUAAAGUUCACCAACCACUUAAAUAAAUUUAAGAAUAAGCCUCAAGGAAGUUGGUAGACCCAAAGCUUUAAAAAAUUAUCAUUUGCUUAGCAGGUCUUCAAACAAGUGUUCCAAGUUGCUUUUCACACUGAGUCUUGUUUUUCACACUGGAAUAUCCACACCAUUUACAUGUCUGGCUGCUGUAUGCUUUUCUGCUCAUGUCUGUUCCGUCAUCCUCUGAUGGGAAGAUCUUCUCUUCCUGUUUCCUGUUGAGGCUUGGGGAAUGGGAAUAAUUCAAAUGCUUGAAGUGAAUUUGAGCUAGCACUUAGUGAUGGGUAUAGUCUGCUCCUUUAAAUCGGGUGGUUCUACAAAUGGAUCCUGGUGGGUAUUUCAUUCAACUAGUACUUUACAAAACUUUAAAAAACUUACAGAUUUAACAUUUGCAAAUAAAGUUCCGCAAUGUAAGUAUUUCACUACCAGUAAAUUGGAAUGAUGUAGGGAUUAGAUAAAGUACACAAAGUUCAGGCUCUGAUUUUUAGGGGUUUGGUUUUGGAUAUGAGGGGGUUGUUUUGUUUUGUUUUUAGUUUGGGGACAGGGGCUCUCUACAUAGCCCUGGCUAUCCUGAAACUCACUAUGUAGACCAGUCUGGUCAUGAACCCCCAGCUCCUGAGUGCUGGUAAAAUGCAAACUCGGGAAAGCAUGAAAGGAGAAUUCCGGCAAAUCAAAAGUCAAACAGUAUUAGUAGUGAGAUGUAUGGAAGAGUGUCUGGUUACUAAUCAUAGGUUUCCUUAUUGUCAUGGAUUCCAGGAUUCCAGGGUUGCUCCAUGCUGUGUCGAUUUCAUUAUAAAAUGUGACUUGUCUUUAUCUCUAAAGAGGGUUAAGCAAAUGAAUAAUUUAGCAUCUUCAACCUAGAGGCUAAUUCCUACCUGUGGGAUCUCCUAAAGAUUGGCAACAACAACAACAACAACAACAAAAAAAAAGCCUAUCAACAAGUGUGCAUGGCCUGAAUGUGCUGGACUUGGCUUCUGUAACACCAUGUUCUAGUGGCUUAUAAGAAAAUAAAUUGUAUUUCCAGGGAAAAGAAGUGUUGAUUUGACAAUUAGUGCUUCAUUUUUAUUUACUCUAUUUUAAACAGAUUUUACUUUUUUACCAUGCCUGUAAUACCAAAACUCAGGAGACUGGAUGAUCAUCAUUAGUUUGAGGUUCUGGUAGUGAAUUCAAGGCCAGCCUGGGCUACAAAAUGAAACUUCAUCUCAACAAACAAACAAAAAAGAGCAAAUCGAUAAAAUGGGCUUUUCCUUGUGGUAUAAGAUGGCUACCCACUGAGAUAGAGAUCAGGGUCUUUCCUAUGUUUCCCAGCAACAUAUAUUGGUAAUGUCCUUCUAUUUCUGAUGCGUUGUUUUGGCACCACUUGUUGAAAGUAAUUUCACUGAGAGGUGUGACUAUUUCUAUACAUUGAGCUAUUUUUCUAUUACCUUGCCUAUACUACAUUUUAUGAAUUAUUAUAGCUUUAUAGUAAGUCUUAGAGUCAGGUAGGUAAGUCUGCCAACACUUUUAUUUCUUGUAAAUAUUAUUUUGAUAAUUCUUGGUCUUAAAUUUCCAAAUAAUUAAAACCAUCUUAUCAACUCCAGGUGCAUAAAGCCUGCAGGGUUUUCUUACGGAUUUUAUUGCAUCUACAGCUCUGCUGAGAUGGUAGGAGACUCACCUUUAACAACAUUGAGAUUUGCUAAUCCAUGAACAUGGUAUAUAUUUCUAUUUAAUUAAAAUUGGUAAAAUUAUCUCAGCUAUAUUUUAUAGCUUUUACUGAUGAGGGCAUCUUAACUUUUUAAGUGAUUAAUAUUGUUAUGUGUGUUUAUGAAGGCAUGCAUGUAUGUAUGUGUACCAUGUAUGUACCUGCUGCUCAUAGAGACCAGAAGGAGGCAUUAUAUCCCCUGUGGCUGGAAUUCCAGAUAGUUGUGAGCUACCUUGUGGGUGCUAGGAACCAAACCCCACUCCCCCAAAGACAGCCAGUGUUCUUAAAUACUAAGCUGUUUGUUUCUCUAGUCCCUUUAACUUUUAUCUUUAAAUAAUAUAUAAAAACAUAAAAUCUGAAUACAAUAUUGAGGAUAUUGUGUGAUUUUUCAAUAUAUUUGUAUUGUAAGAUAUUCAAAUCAGGUCAAACGCAUCUGUUUCCUCAAAUACCAUUUCUCUUGGUAAAACUUUCUCAGUCCUUUCUUCUAGCUUUUUGAAACACUGUUGUUAGCUAUUGUUUCCCUAAUGUGGAAUAACACCACCAAACUUCUGGCUGCUAUCCACCUACAAUUUAGUUAUCACUGAUCAGCCCUUCUCUGUCUUAACCCCAUUCUUCCAAGUCUUUGGUGAAUACAACCUCUAACCCUUUUUGGAGACAAGAUUUCACUGUGGGUCCCUGACUAGUCUGAAACUUGCUACAUAGACCAGGCUGGCCUUGAACUCACUGAGAUCCCCUUACCUCUGCCUUUCAGAGUUCUGGGACUGAAGUUGUAUGCCAGCAUGCCUGGCUCAGUUCUACUGUUAACCCCUAUGAGGUCAACUACUGUAGAUCUAAAUAUGAGUAAGAUGAUGUGGUGCUCCUGUUUCUGUCUGUAGCUUGUUUCACUCAACAUGAUUACUUCCAAUCGCAUCCAUGUUGCCACAAAUGACAAUAUUUCAUCCUUUUGUGAGAAUAGCAUUCCAUUUCUAU